AGCAUACGUAGCUCUAGUAUGGGAAACAUCUGUGGGCAUAAUACUAGGUUUCUCACUGUUCCAGGUACAAGAUGACGAGGAAACUUUUAAAAUGGAGAAGUGGGUUGAAGAUACAGCCUCUGACGACGUUGAGCCUGGUUCUCUGGGGGCAGCACUGGCCAAGAUUGUUGCCAAGCUGCUGGAUAAACACAACUGUACCACUGCCCUCUUCAAGGAUGAUGUGCUGUUUUGGAAUUGGGCAAAGGAGGGAUCUGAUGAGCCGAUUCUGCAGGCCAUAGGCACUGCCACACAAGCCAUCACCAGUGAAACAAAGCAUGGCAGGGGCAAAUCAGCACUGUUUAAUGCUGGCCAGGGUGACUGCCUUGCCGAACACCCUUUAGACAAUUUCGCUAACUAUUGGCCUGGCAAGGGUCCACUUGUGGAGCACCCAAUGAGCUUGGAAUCUGGUGAAAUAGCUGGCAGGCCUUUCGUCAGUGGUGGUAAUGACUACCUAGCAAUGGGUGACUUCACAACAAUUCCAGCUGAUGAUAGUGAUGAGUACUGGGGGAGGGGCUUUGACCCGACUCAACAGUUUGACUUUUUAGACUCUGAUGAAGAUGAUAUGAUAACAGCUGAAGAACCUGCAGCAAAAUGCCCCACUCCCUGGCCCACUACCAGUACAAGCAGCCGUUCAGAUUCAUCAGCAACUUGGGCAACCUGCAGCGCACAUUCUUCUUCCAGCUUCCUGGAAAAAAAGACUCAAGUGGAGACGACAGUUACUACUUCUGAACCUGAACAGAACCCUGUUAAGCAGAAGAUAAACACCCCUGGAGACACAUGGCAUCCAACAUGGAUUGAAGAUCUUCUCAGGGCAUGCCCUGAAGCUGAAGUUUCACCAAUUUUUGCAGACAUUAGAUGUAAAAUGCCAAACCCUUCCAAUGCGACAGGAGCACGGCCCAAGGAAAAACGAACUGAUCCUAGCACUGGCAGUGGUGGAUCCUCCGCUGAGAGCAGUGUCAGCCUUUUAGGGAACACACACAGGAGCUCUUCACGACGAGCAGAAUUCCCUUCUGUUCGCAUAAGAUCGCAGGAUGAACUUGCUGCUGCUGAAUGGCCAUGGAAGCUCAGUAGCAAUGGAGAACUGACUACCGUUGGGCCCUGGUCACCACUUCAGAUUGGAAGCCAGCCCCCUUCACCAGCAGUGCGCAGUGCUUACAUUGAGGCACUUCGGAAGGAGCUUGAGGCAGAAAUUGAUGAACUUCUCUACAAUCUGUAUGAGCUAGCACAGCCUUGGGUACUCAGCUUCUCUGCUUGUGUGGCUCAUGUACUAGUCAUACAGUGUCGCUCUGCAAACGAUAAUGCAUGCCUUAAUAUUACUUAG